AGUCACCGAGUUAAAUCUCAGAACCGAAACUCUUUCUUUACUUCGUGAAUUAACUCAGAAACAUGGCAACGAUUCCAUGCUGUUUUCCCUCCACGUCUUUAUCUUCUUCAUUCUCAAUUCACAAAAACUGUUCUUUUAAUAAAAACUCAAACUUCAUGUCUGUUAUGGGUUCGCUCACUUUCUCUCCCAUAACCAGCACGCUCUACACUCGUUUUGUUUCAAUUUCUAUCAAACAAAAGCGUACCAAUAUCCCACUUCAAGUGAGAUCAGUGGCUUCCCCUUCAGAAGCUAUUGCUGGGUUUGAUGAAAUGGUGUCCGGGACUCAAAGGAAGUAUUAUAUGUUAGGUGGGAAGGGAGGUGUAGGCAAGACAAGUUGUGCUGCUUCACUUGCUGUUAAAUUUGCAAAUAAUGGACACCCUACUUUAGUGGUUUCAACUGAUCCUGCACAUUCGUUAAGUGAUUCUUUUGCUCAGGAUUUGACUGGAGGGCAACUGGUACCAGUUGAAGGACCUGAUUAUCCAUUGUUUGCUCUUGAGAUAAACCCUGAGAAGGCUAGGGAAGAAUUUCGCAAUGUAACUCAGAAAGAUGGUGGAACUGGAGUGAAGGAUUUAAUGGAUGGCAUGGGUCUUGGUCUGCUUUUAGAGCAGUUAGGAGAGUUAAAACUUGGAGAGCUAUUGGACACACCUCCUCCCGGUUUGGAUGAAGCAAUUGCAAUUUCCAAAGGAACAUCUUGCCAGGUGAUGCAAUUCCUUGAAUCCCAGGAGUAUAGUAUGUUUACUCGAAUAGUUUUUGAUACUGCACCUACGGGCCAUACUUUACGACUUCUAUCUUUGCCGGACUUCUUGGAUGCUUCCAUUGGAAAGAUAUUGAAGCUCAAACAGAAAUUAGCUUCAGCCACCUCAGCAAUAAAAUCCGUGUUUGGGCAAGAACAAACCCAACCAAAUUCUGCUGACAAAUUGGAGAAACUGAGGGAGAGGAUGGUAAAAGUACGUGAACUUUUCCGUGAUAGAGAUGCAACAGAAUUUGUUAUAGUGACAAUCCCCACGGUGAUGGCGGUCAGUGAGUCAUCAAGGCUGCGUGCUUCAUUGACGAAGGAAAAUGUUCCUGUCAAGAGGCUUAUUGUCAAUCAGAUUCUUCCCCCAUCUGCCUCAGACUGCAAGUUUUGUGCUAUGAAAAGGAAGGAUCAGAUGCGUGCUCUUGAUAUGAUCCAAAGUGAUCCAGAACUCUCCAACUUGAUAAUGGUUCAGGCGCCCCUAGUUGAUGUCGAGAUCAGAGGUGUACCAGCUCUAAAAUUUAUGGGGGACAUUAUAUGGAAGUGAUCAUCCGUUCAUCGAUAUCGGAGUUACAUUUUGUGUAUCAAGCAAUUUAAGGAAGAUGCUUUUGCCAACGGUCUUAGUAGCCUGAGAAGAGAGGAAGCUGGAUGGCCCUCUACCAGAAAGUUGGAAUUAAAUGGUGGAAGCUAUUCUUCCUUUGGCCAUCUUUUGAACCAUUACCUUUGAUUUCUCUCUCUUUAAUUUUCCCCCAAUAAACUGGGGUCUGAAGCUGAUGAAGUUUUUCAAUUUUUUUUUUUAUACCGAGAAAUUCCCAAUGUUCUCUCACAUAAGUUCAGUAAUUUUGGUUGAGUCAUUGUAUAAUCGUAUAAAAUUUAAUGGUAAUGCUAUUCAAAUGCUACAGUAUA